ACAAAACUUUACAUAAAAGUACAUAAAUGUGUCCACUUGUGGAUAUUAGCCUAUUUUGAUUGAUAUUGAGUUCGUUGAAUCUCACAAUUUUAUUAUUUUACACUAGUAAAUAAGUUAAAUCUCUUAUAAAACAGAUUUUUAACCAUUCAGUAAAGUUCCAAGUGUACAAGCGAAAAAAAUACAAUGCGACAAAUUUUUAACGCCAUAACCAUUGUGACGAUGAUUCUAACUUUUAGCUCAUACACAAUUAUACGAGGAGAGAAAAUACUAUUUUUCUUUGGGGGAGGAAGUUACAGUCAUAAACACAGCGUUUGGCCGUGGACAACAGCUUUGGCGGAACGCGGUCACAACGUAAUUUUCAUAUCCGCACAUGCAAAAUCGCCUUCAAACCAUCCAAAUAUUUCUGAUCUUGCGUCCCCCACCCUCAGCAAGUUGAUGAACCAGUCGUACGACGUUGACCGCUUUCAGCAGAGGGAGCGAGGACAAGGUCAAAAUAUUUUGACGAAUUACAGCAAACUCUCCGCCGACAUUUGUGAACAUGUGAUUCUACGGUCGGAAAACGACCCAAUUCUUCAAAAGCUGCUCCACAACGAAACCUUCGACUUGGUCAUAAUCAACAUCAUUUUUGGAGAAUGCGGUUACAUUUUUGCGCAUCGUUAUGGUGCAAAAACAAUUUUAUUUGAUGCAAGUGUUCCUCUGUCGUGGUUUUACGACGUUUUUGGGUAUCAAGCCGACCAUGCUUGGAUUCCUGAUGUCAUUAUGAAGUACGAAAAUAUUCCCAUGUCAUUCUUCGAUAGGAUGAAAAAUACAAUGUGGCCAGCUUACGUGUACUGGAAUAGAUACACCGUCAUGUACCCAGAAUUUGACCGAAUUAUAAAACAAGCAUUUCAUCCCCACAAGAUUCCAGCUUUCCGUGAACUGGAGCAAAAUGUUAGCCUGGUCAUGGUCAAUUCACAUCAUUCCUUCGACUUUGCUUAUUCAUUGCCCCCUUGCGUGGUGCAGGUUGGAGGGAUGAAUGCUUAUCUGCCGGAAAAGCCCAUCCCUGAGAAAUAUUUAAAAUUCAUGGACGGUGCCGGGUCAGCAGGCGUGGUCUUAAUUUCGUUCGGUUCGACCGUGAAUUUGCAGAAAGUUGAUCCAUAUUAUGGCAACAUUUUUUUCCAAGUGAUCAAAAAGCACAAAAAUGUACGAUUCAUUUUAAAAUGGAAUGGACCCUAUCCAAAUGGAUAUGAAAAUGGGUUGGACAAUUUACUCUCUGAUGUUUGGCUGCCACAAAGGGAACUUUUAAGGCAUCCCAACCUCAAAACUUUUGUGACUCAUGGUGGUUUGAAUUCAAUUCAGGAAGCGACGUUUUAUGGAUUGCCAAUGAUUGUGAUGCCUCUGUUUGCAGACCAGGACUACAAUGCUUAUCGAAUUGAAGCACAGCAAGUCGGAUUCAGAAUAGAAAUUCAAGAGCUGACUUUUCAAGUGAUGGAUGAAGCCUUACAAAAAAUAUUGUGGAAUAAAACGUAUCAAAAGAACAUGGCGGUGAAAGCGCAGAUUUUCCGGGACCGACCUCAAAGCCCAUUAGAAACGGCGGUGUAUUGGACGGAAUUUGUUUUACGAAAUGAUGAUGUCACAUCUUUGAGACCUAUGAUUUCUCACUUAAAUUGGUAUCAGCGUCGAUCGUUGGACGUGUAUGUGGUUUACGGGCUUAUCUUAGCUUUGCCCUUGUGUAUAUUAGGGAUAGUCCUGCUAGUUAUCAUUCGAAGAGUUUGUAUUCUGAGAAAAGCUAGAGUUCCCUCAAAGAAAAAGAGUAUCUAGUGUAUAUUAGAUAAUAAUAUUAAAUAUAUUUUUGCAAAUCGUUGUUGAAGGUGCAUUAUGGGUUAUCUCAUUUAUUAUGGAUAGAGGGAUGAAACGGUCAAAAAGUGAGAUAACAUACAAUGCACUUUCAAUGGCGAAAAUUGUUAUUAUCGUUAUAGUUUAAACAUAAUUAACGUUAUUAAUUAUUUGUUGUAAGUUGUUCAUUUAUUUAUAUUGUCCAAGUUAAUUAUUAGUAAUCGUUACAAAAAAAUAAAAAUAAAUUACAAAUUAAAA